AUCUUAAACUAUUGUUUCAAGUGAAUAUAUUAAUCUGAUAUUGUACCAGUUAACAUCUAGAACCAUUGUAUCGCGUGAAAAACAAUCUGAUAUUAUAUCAAUAGAACAAUGGACUAUCGACUGGUCGAAAAUGCAGAGCACGAAAGCUCAGAAUUUAAAAUUCGUUCCGAUCUAAAACCGGAUAAAGUUUGUAAACUUAAAGGACUUGCACAAUUAAGAGAUCAGCGAAAAGGACUUGCGUUUGGGCUAGCAGUUGGAUUUAUAGCAAACGUUCUGUUUUGUCUUGCUACUGGGUUGAUAGUUUACAACUGUCAUAGUGAUAUACCAAAUUCGGCUAGAAACACAACAGUUUACGUUUCAGAAACGAAGACAGUCUUUGCCACUGCUCCACAGACUAUGAAUGAAACAAAUGGAGUCGCAUUUACCGCUCUAAUAAAGGAUUCUACAUUUGACAGCGAUGCAUUAAGAAAUAAUAGUGUUAUUGUUUACGACUAUAUUGAGACGAAUGUCGGCAAUGGUUACAAUAACACUUCUGGUAUGUUUGUUGCGCCUUGUAGCGGAACCUAUGCUUUCACUUGGUCUGUCUGCGUACUGGGGAAGAGGAAAAAGGGGAGUAAUGGAGAAGUAUCCAUCCAACUUGUGAAAAACCGAAGAGUUAUAUUUACUGUUCAUUCGGAUACUGAGAUUAAAUGGGACGAUGACUGUACCUCGGGAUUCAUCAUAGAAAAUCUUUCAGAAAAUGAUCAAGUUUUCACAAGAGCUACUCGACACUUGGAAGGGAGCAUAAAAAAUGAUGCUGCAUCAAGAUGGGCUUUCUCGGGAUGGAAGCUGUUUUGAAACUUGCCAUAUGAUGUCGUGUCGUAAAGUUAUACUUUAAAGAUUUCUGAAUAGCGCUUUUAAGUUUUAUCUUUCAAUACUGGAAUAUAAUUUUUCAUUUUCAUAGAAAGAUUGAGGAUUAAAAAGAAUGAAGGGUUGAAAGAAACGAACUUUUCCAGUGGAAGAUUGUGCUUUUGGUUGUAAUAAAUUUCGAAUUUCUUGCAUUCGUUUUAUUUAAAGUCACUACUGUGGCAGUAUUGGGUAUGAUUUAUUUUGUAAAUGUUGUUUCAAAAUUGUAUUAAGUUGUUCAAUGUUUGUCUUUGUAGUUAAAACAAAUUAGAUAUUUGGUAAUGGUAUCAAUAUAUCCAGUAUAAAAUCA